AUGGCUGAUGAGAUUGAUAAUUUGAACCAGAAGAUAGCCUCAUUGGAACGCGAAACACAUUUGUUGUUGAGGGAAGUUGAGAAGUUGGAAGCAAGGGGAAAUCACCAAAGAGUUAUACUAGAACUGAAGGAAAGGGAAAUUCGAGGUCUAAAACAGAAGCUUGAGGAACUAAACGACGUUGUGGUACAAUUUAAUGAGUUGAAAAAGGAGAAAGAUGAGUUAGCGGAGAGGGUUAGAGAAAUGCUCACAAAAGUCUCUGAAUUGGAGAAAAAAUUGGAGAUUCAGGAAAACGUGAUUUCCAAUGGUAGAUAUUUUGGUGUAAUCGUAGAGCGGUUGAUAAUUGUUAUUGUUGUUAUUGCUAUUGGCGUUUCGUACUAUCAUCGAAAUGGAAGAAGCAGUUGA